AUGUCAGAAACACUCCGGUCGUCCGCGCCCGCGCUUUACGUUGACGAAGACUGCAAUCUGAAAGUCAUCCGCAAUGUCUCAGUGCCCUUGCUCGUGGACGGCGAAGUCGUGGUGAAAGUGCUCUACUCAGGAGUCAACCCCGCAGACGUCAAACACGGUCCGAUCCUGGGAGUGCGUCCCACGAUCCUCGGCUACGACUUCUGCGGCCGCGUGGCGCAAUCCGCGCCGACCUCCGACUUUAGGGUCGGUGAUCUGGUAGCCGGCUUCACCCCCACAGGCGUCGGCAAGCCCUCGAAGUACGGCGCCCACCAAGAGUACCUCAGCUGCCCAGAAAACAUCAUGUACAAGGUGCCGGAGAACCUCCCCCCAACGCACGCCGCCAGUUUAACCACGGUCACCUUGACGGCAGCCGACGGGCUGUACAACAUCUUUGGGUUCCCGCUGCCCGGCGAGAAGCCAGCAGACGGCUUCAGGCCCGGCCCGUUGCUGAUCUGGGGCGCGUCGGCCAGCGUGGGGAUAAGCAUGCUGCAGCUCGCCCGAGCGAGCGGCGCGUCCCCGAUCUUCGUCACGGCGUCGCCCAAGAGGCACGAACUGCUUAAGAGGCUCGGAGCGACCCAGUGCUUCGACUACGCGGCCCCCGACGUCGUCUCCCGUAUCCGAGCGGCGGUGGUGGAGUCGAAAGCGGGACCGAUUGCGUACGCGGCCGACUGCGCCGGGUCCUUGGGAGAGGUCAGCUCGGCGGCGCAGACGGAAGCGUGUGUCGACGGCGAUGCGACCAUCUUGUCGGUCGUGGUGCAUCCGGGUAAGAAGUACAAGAUGCCGAUGCCUUCAGCAACUGCGUCGUUCACGUUCCGCCUGUCCAAUGGACUUGUCCUCCCGUUCCCGGCACGGCCCGAAGCAUGGGAUAGGCUGAGCAAGGCAUUGAGGUGGGCUAUCGAGAAGUAUGGCGCUGAGUUCGAGCUGCCCGAGGUGGACGUGUUCGAGGGUUCUGCGGAGGAGGCGCUGGACAAGGUGCAGAAGGUGGCGGAACAGGGCAAGUUCGGCAAGCUGGUCUUGGCGCAGCCACUGUCAUAG